AUGGAUUUCGCUGCUCUCAUGUCCAGGGAGAUAUCCAAAGCCAAAGGGCAGGAUCCAUCUACAAAUUCCGACGUUCAGAAGGACGACAAGCCCGCGCCUACCAAGAAGUACAUGCGGCGAGGAGAGCAGGAAGCUGCGCGGGUCGCCGCCUACAAAGAAGAACAAGCACGAUUAGAGAAAGAGCGCGAAGAGCGGCUAGCCAAGAAACGCAAGGCGGAGGAGGAGGAAGCCGAGCGACGCCGGGAGAGGGAAGAGAAGAAACAGAGACUGGCAGAGGAAUCGAAGAAGAGAAGACAGGCCAUUGAAGAAGCGGCCGAACGUGAACGCAGACGCCGACUCGGCCUACCGGAAUUGCCAGCGAAGAAAGACACCGACGACACCGACAAUGGAGCUACAGAGGACGACAUCGCAGAAGAGGAAUUGAUAGAGAAACUCCGGGAGAUGGGCGAGCCCUCCAAGCUUUUUGGAGAGAAUCAUCGGGCGAGACUUGCUCGAUAUCGACGUCUGGCCCAACGCUCUGCCAUGGCGCAAAAAUUGACGGAUGGGCCGAUUCCCACCACCUUAGAGCCCGUGCCGGGUGGACAAAUGAUCAUCCCGGCCAAAAUCCCCAAGGAAGCGGACGAUCGUCUGUUCCUCUUCCGACAACUCGCCUCCUAUUUCAAUAUGGUUCUCUCCGAGUGGGAACUUGCACUGUCAAAACGAGACGUCGCCGUGCGGGAAAGUUUCCAAGGCAGGCAAGCAUAUAACGCUAUGGUGCAAUCACGAGAGAAUAUGAAGCCUCUCUUCCGGCGAUUCGAGAAAGCCGACCUGGAAGACAGCUUACUCGAACCCAUUGUCGAGAUUGUGCAUAAGGCGCAACAGCGGAAAUACGUUGACGCCAACGACGCUUAUCUGCGAGUGAGCAUCGGCAAAGCGGCAUGGCCCAUCGGUGUGACCAUGGUAGGUAUCCACGAGCGCUCUGCCCGUGAAAAGCUGCAUGCCGGCGACCAACAAGCGCAUAUUCUGAGCGACGAAGCCACUCGAAAGUAUCUCCAAAGCAUCAAGCGCUGCCUGAGCUUUGCUCAGGUGCGUUGGCCACCGGAGGAUCAGUUGCAGAUUAUGGGUUAA